AACAUCGGAAUGAGCUCCUCCAGUGAGGCUGAAUAUCCAAGGAGGAUUCUGGACUACAUGGAAGGCUUCUUAGUGUCAAAGACAUUGUUUGCAGCCUGUGAACUCGGUGUUUUUGAUUUGCUCUCCCAGUCAAAACAACCCAUGCGAGCUGCUGAAAUAGCCCACCGCCUAAAGACAAAUGUGGAUGGCAUGGAGCGCUUAUUGGCAGCAUGUGUAGGGCUGGAGUUGCUUCACGCGGAGAUGAUUGAAGGAGAAGCUGUUUAUUACAAUGCAGAACUUUCCCGAAUAUACUUGACCAGAUCCAGUCCAAAAUCCCUGUUCCAGUCCAUACAGUACAACUCCCAAACAAUUUACCUGUGUUGGCACUACCUGACAGAUGCAGUGCGAGAAGGAAGAAAUCAAUAUGAAAGAGCAUUUGGAGUUAGUUCCAAGGACCUUUUUGAAGCCUUAUACAGGUCUGAAGAGGAAGUUCUUAAAUUCAUGCAGCUCAUGAAUUCUGUGUGGAAUAUAUGUGGGAGAGAUGUUGUCACAGCCUUUGAUCUUUCAAAUUUUGAAAAAAUAUGUGACUUAGGAGGUUGCAGUGGGGCCCUAGCCAAGCAGUGUGUGCUGACUUACCCAGAAGCCAUGGUGACGAUCUUUGAUCUCCCGAGGGUUGUGGAAAUGUCAAAGAAGCACUUCGUUUCAGUAGAGGAAAACAGAAUUUCAUUCCAGGAAGGUGACUUCUUCAGAGAUCCCCUUCCAGUAGCUGACCUUUACAUUCUGGCACGUAUUUUGCAUGACUGGACUGAUGAAAAAUGUGUGGAACUCCUCAUUAAGGUGAACAAAGCAUGUCAACCAGGUGGCGGGGUGCUGCUGAUUGAAGCCCUUUUGAAUGAAGACAAGAGCGGUCCUCUCACCGUUCAGCUCUAUUCACUCAAUAUGCUGGUUCAGACUGAGGGCAGAGAGAGAUCCCCCACUGAGUACUCGCGUCUCCUGGAAGCAGCGGGAUUCAAAGACAUUCAAGUCCAAAGGACGGGAAAGCUCUACGACGCCAUACUGGGAAGAAAGUGACUGUACACUUAAUGGCUUUUAGUCUUGCACUCCAUCUGUGAAUGUAUUCUGUGGCUUUUUAUGGUAAAAUAACUCGGCAAUAAUAUCACAGCAUUGGAUGCUUCUCAAAAACUAGUCAGAUUUCAGAAUUCUAACUCGCCAAAAGCAGGCCUAGGCAUUCUUAAAUCAAAAGACAAUUACAGCAAGGCUCAAGAAACUUCAUAUCAUUAACAUUAACUAAGAUUUUUAGCAAUGCAUUCACAUGGAGGUAAUACUUUCAGUUAAUAAAAUAAUUA